AUGGUGUCGCCGCUGCUACCAUCGAAGAAGAAGUCAACAUCGACGAGUGUAAGCUUGGAAGGGAAUGCGCUGAAUGACCGUUUGAUGCAGUUGAUUAUCAAAGGAUUAUUCUAUGAAGGCUGUGUGGACUAUUGCCAGGCACAAGCCAUCGGUGACAAGCAGGGUGCACAAAAAGGAGCGCAUCCAAGUAGUGUGCUCAGUGUGAGGGCACGUCUCUCGAGUACAGACUUAUCGCUGGUUUCGUGGCUGGAAUCGAUUGGCUUAGAACAGUUCACAUUGCCGUUUCAACAGAAAACACUUGAUCUCAAGUUGGAACAUAUCAAGAAGCCAAAGCUAGAAGCGCAAUGGACUGAGCAAAUUCUGGCUACUCCAAUAAAACCUGGUGGAGUAUUUCCGCAUGCUUUGGUACCAAAUGCAAAACUGAAAUUUGCACAAAAAAUGACACAGUCUAUGGUAUUGCCUCAAAUGAGUUCAUCAUUGGCUGUUGGUCAGUGCACUUCUCUUCAUUCGAUCACUUAUCUCACCGAUUAUAUUUCCUUUCCUUUUUGCAUCAUUUUCCAAUUAUUUAUCGUAUGUUCUGAAUAA